UCGCCAGCGUUUUCCCGGUAUCGAUAAGGCAGUCACUGUACUGACUGUAGUCACAGAGCGGACAUCGUGUAAAGGAGCUGGGGUCAAUAUAAACCUAUCCAAAGACAUGGCUAAGAACAAAAUCAAUAAGAAGGCUGCUGCUGCCACUGCAGAAUCCCCUGCAAAACCUGUGAAGGAGUCUCCUGCCCCCAAGAAAUCCAAGAAGAAGGCAGCUGCUGAGAACAAAUCUCAGGAGAGGAAACCUAAGCAGGUCAAGGAAGCAAAACCUAAGGAAGUUAACAAGGCAGUCAAACGGAAGCAGCCUCAGGGUGAAACUGAUGACAAAUCACCAGCCAAGAAAGCCAAGAAGGAACCUCUUAAGUUUGACUUUGAAAUUUUUGCAGCAAAGCUCCCCAAAAAGACAGAUAAGGAGGCUGUUAAGAAAUAUUUUUCAAAGUUUGGAGAAAUAUUACAAGUAACUGUACCGUGGAACGUACACAAAAAAAUCAACAGGCGUUACUGCUUCGUUGCAUUCAAGAAUGAAAAUGAUUUCAAGAAGGCUUUGAAGGACACACAUGUGAUUGAUGGCGCCACGCUGGCUGUUCAGGACGCCAAGAGCAGAAAAGCCGCACCAAAGGAAGACAAGGCACAGAAGAACGGUGAAAAGAAGGUAAAGAAACCGAAGAAGAAAGAGGAGGAAGAGCAAGUAGAUGAAGAAGAGGGUGAUGAAGAUGAGGAGGAGGAGAAUGAUGAUGAAGAUGAGGAUGAUGAGGAGGAGGAUGAUGAAUAGAAGGAUGAUAAUACAUCGAUAGCAUGAUCUCGUUUAAAUUUGGACGCGUAAAAUCAAAUUGACAGGAC